UUAAAUAGACAUGAGACUGGAAUCAUUUAUAAUAGGGUCCAAUUAAAGGAACAUAUUUUAUGAGGAAUGAACGUGGAUGGCAACUAUUUAUGGAUAGCAAGGUCAGAACUUAGAAGAAGCAAGUGUCUCCUUCAUCUCCUUCUUCAUCUUUCUGUGAUUUUAGAGAGCAGAGGAGGGAAAUUAACUAAGGGGCAGAGACAUGGAUUGUUGUGUCUGCACAACCAUGCCAUUGAUAUUAAGGCCUCCAAGGAAUACAAUAUGCGGGUCUUGUUAUGAAGGGGUUAGGAGUAUAAUCGAUAUUAUGCACAAUCUCGAAAGUGAGAAGGCAAAAGCAAUCACCAACCCAAACGAUUCUCCAGUUUCAAAGCGAAAUUCUAGUAAGGCCAUUGAGGAUAAUGCAAGACGGUGGUUUGAUCAUAUAAACCUCUGUAAUCAACAAAAAGAAGAGUUGGCUUUCCUCAGAGGCUUUGUUGCUGCAUUCAAGGAACAGAUUCACACUGAUAUACUGGUCAAUCCAGGCAACAAUGGUCCACCUAUACCUGCACAUAAAUCCGUUUUGGCAGCGAGAUCAGAAAUUUUCAAGAACAUGCUAGAAUGUGACCAAUGCAAAGCUUCACCUAAUAAUAACACCAUAACAAUACCCGAUUUGAACCAUGAUGAACUAGAGUCUCUCUUGGAGUUUCUGUACAGUGGAACCAUGGCUUCAGAAAAAUUGGAGAAACAUGUGUAUGCAUUGUCACAAGCAGCUGAUAAGUAUGAUAUCCCACACUUGCUCAAAAAGUGUGAGAUAUAUCUGCUAAGUUCACUUAGCACCUCUAAUGCACUUGAAACGCUAGAGAUUGCUGAUACUUGUUCUAACAACAAGUUGAAGGAGACAACCUUGGAUUUCUUAGUUAAGAACAUUGAGCAUGUCGUGUCCUCCGCUAAAUUUGAAGCUUUUGUACAUCGGAGUCCGCAGUUAACUGUGGAGCUAGUUACUAGGGCAUUUGUGAACGGUGCCAAAUCAUCAAUAUCUCCCCAAGUUUAAAGAGGCACGAUUAUUUAAUUCUUUCAAUUUCGUAUGUAUUUAUCAAGACCUAUUGAUUGAGAUCUUCAACAAGUACAAAGUAAUUCAUACUUUGAUCUCUUUUGUAACCAGAUCUCCCAUUUUAUUUUCUUUUGAGUUGUAGUUUCAAUUAGGGUGCGCUUGUAUAAAAUUUAAUUAAACGCUUGAUUAUGUCAAUAAUCCCCUAUCAUGUAAGCAUGUGUUUAUAAGUUCUAUUUAACAAAUUGAAAUAAGCUUUUAGUUUA